AUGUAUAUUUCUGGCUCGCACCUUCACCCCGCGUGCGACGCAAUCCGAUCCUUCCCGUCACUGCAGACGUUAUCAGUCAACCCGGACUUUUCUGGUGAUAUCAGUCGAUUCCUUAGAAGUCUCUCAGAUGCUAUCCACUCCUUACAUCAUACGUUACGUACGCUUGAAGUCUGGGAGAGCUGCUUCAUCGAACAAGAUUAUUACACGCCAGGCGGGAUCAACAGCGUGAAUACCAUAACCGAGGAUGACGAGGAGCAGGAGGAUGAUGCCGAUAUCCACGACAGCAGGGCGAAUGCUGAUGUCCUAAUGGACAUCUGCCCGGCAGACCUGAAGAGUCUCAUCAUCCAUAAUCCGAAGACGACGCUUUUGGCCAAUUUACCAGGUUGGAUAGACAGGCUCCGGGCUUCCGGCAAGUUAUCAGAAAUUGCAUUAAUUGACAAUGCUGGACCUAACCUUUCAGUGGGCCUUUCUUAUUCGCUUACUGACACGAACCUAUUCUCUGCACUCAAUAGCUUGCACGAACUGAGGGAAUUAUCGGUAUGCUACUACCUCCAACUCAACACGCCUUCUGUCCUCCCGAGCCUUCCCAAUCUCCGUAACCUACGAGUAACUCAUACGGGACCUCCGAUCAGCACUAUUCGGGAAGCUACUCUCUUCUCGAAAUUCGUACGGAGGAUCAUACGGGAUUCCCCAACCUUAGAAGAGAUUGAGCUUCGCAGGGAAGGCUUCGACCACAAGAGGGACCUUCAGCUAUCGUGCACUAGUCCCCGACGGACACACACUUUAUUCAAAUCGUUCCGCGAUCCUUCCCCAUCCUUGACUCCGCUCAUCCUGCAUCUAGCUACGGCGAGGCAUUCUGUUAAAGUACUGAAGAUGGCUGACUUCUUCGUGAAUGCGAAGCACUUGGCUAAAUUCUGCAAAGCCCGCGGACAAGGGAUAGAACAUCUGGAGAUCGGGAUCGGAAGAGCGAUUCUCCUCGGCCUGUCUCAGACGGUUGCCUCCCUUACGAACCUGAAACGGUUGCAACUGCGUGUAACUGGCGUGAGGCGAAAGCUGCUGAAUGGUUGUCUCGAGGCAUACGGAGAAAGUGUAGGACGUCCUUCUGAGCGUUGGAUCGAUCCCUUCGUGCGUAAACUUCCAGGCGGGCUAUUCUGGCUAGAUAUCAAUGGUAGAGAAUGGGAAAUAUCAUGGGCAUGUCCUUCCCCAGCUAAAUCGAGGAGUCAAAGCGAGAUACCUUCACCCACCAGGGUUGUCACCGAAAUGCAGCGGAAGAAAGUGGUUUGGGAGUAG